UCAGGUGGGAGGUGGCGGGAAGGCGUCUUAGGAAAGAGCGUGGAUGAAGGCCGGGAGGGAGGACCGGAGGCGAUGAGGUCAGCUGAGCCAGGGCCAGAGGCGGGUCAGGGCUGGGGUCUUGGUGAGCUGGUGAGGGCCGUGGGCAGGCAGCGGGGGGAGGUUGAGAGCGUGAGGAGAGGGUAGCAGGGCCAAAACGCCCGGAUCGCUAGGACGGAUGCUGAUUCCCUCUCCUCCCUGGGAACCAUUCCCCUCUCCUCAGCUGGCUACGCCAAGGACUACACCACGGGGGCCACGAUGACCUUUGCUAGCGUCUUUGCCGUCCUUUUUAACGGCUGCACAGGCAUCAUGGCUGGGGCCAACAUGUCAGGGGAGCUGCAGGAUCCCAGCCGGGCCAUUCCUCUGGGCACGAUUGUUGCCGUUGCCUAUACUUUCUUCGUCUACAUCCUGCUUUUCUUCCUCUCCAGCUUCACCUGUGACAGGAUUCUGCUGCGGGAGGACUAUGGGUUCUUCCAAGCCAUCAGCCUGUGGCCCCCGCUGGUGCUGACCGGUAUCUAUGCCACAUCGCUCUCAGCCUCCAUGAGCUCCCUCAUCGGCGCCUCCCGCAUCCUCCACGCCCUGGCCCAGGACAACCUCUUUGGAGCGAUCCUGGCACCAGCUAAGGUUGUAUCCCAAGGGGGGAACCCCUGGGGAGCCGUGCUGUAUUCUUGGGGCCUAGUGCAGGUAAGCUUUCCUCUUCAGGCUGCCCUCACCCUCACCGUAAGCGCCACCCCCCCCCCCCCCGCCCCGGUUACACUCGCGGGACCAGGAAGGGUCAGCCGCGCGCUGGGAGACGUGCCUGGAAAGGCGGGCUGUGUUGGCGUUUGAU